CGUGGCGGAAGAAACGGACCUCAUUGCGCGCCGGCUGUGCGUGUUUUGCUGUCGCUCGUCGUGUAUAAUGUAUUGCGAAAACAUAUUAUAUUUUUGUAAAGUGAGACCUGCCUCUUAAUGUGUGAUCAUGUGAAAUUUUUCAUAUUUCCGCCAAGUGACAUCUUAAUACUAAAUGCACAUUAAUGAUCUCGUGUUACAAGAGAGAGCCUACUCGGAUAGAUCAACCACAUAUUUUUAAAAUAUGUUAUACUGCCGCGGAAGAGGCAGAUAAGAGGGAGGAUCGGGGUAUGGCGAGCGAUGGAACGAUCAACACUGGCGUGGAGCCGACGAGCUUGGAGUACAUGGAAGACCCGUACUUUGUAACUCCAGACGAUGACUCCACGCCAAGCUUCGACGUGGCCGUAGAUGAACUGGACGAUGUAGAAGAUUUAGCCAGCUGGCCGCAUGACGAUGCCGACACGGACUGGCGUGCUCUCCCCGACCUUGCAGAGUCCGCGCUCUGCAUAGAGACCGAAUUCUAUAUGGACAAUCGCCGUCGCAGAUUACGUAUAUUUAGAAAAAAAAUGCGUGAAGUGCGCGUCACGUUUCAAGAUUUAUCAAAGCCGUAUCUUGCCAGAGUGUCCAGUCAUACUAAUUAUAAGAAGUUUUUAGGUAUCACCCUUGGAGCUGAGGAAGCGAUGGCGGGUGUUGGCGCGGCGAGCGACACCCCAGUAGUGGACGAGCUGGCGGGCCUUACGCCCGAGCAAGCGGAGCAACUGCGCGCCGAGUGGAGCCGCGAGCUGGCUCGCGUUGAAGAUGAGAUUGCCACAUUGCGCACUGUUCUUCAGAGCAAGAUUCGUCAGAGCUCCGAAUUAAAACGAAAACUUGGCAUCACAGUGUGGAAAGAGAUCACUGAAGAUGUUAAUCAGGGUUUGAAAAACGUAAAAGAAAGCCAAGUCUAUCAAACGAUAGAAACACGCCUGGCAGAGCUUUCAAAGGCUGUGACUGAAGCACCAAUAUACCAAAAAACUGAAUCUGUGAUAAAAUCCACUGCGGAGAAGACUACUUCGAUCCUGGGCGGCAUCACGGCGGGCGUGUCCAGCAAACUCGGCCAGAUGCGCAACUCCGAAUCAUUCCGUUCUAUCGAGGAACGAGUCGGCUCUGCAUACGAAAAUGUUAAGGGGAAAGUGGCCUCUAGAUCGAAUUCAACACAGAGCUUUGAUGAGGCGUUACGUGACGCGAGCCGCGCCGCCAGCGGCGCCACCUCACCUACCAUCCCUGAGAACAAACCCUUGCCCUAAUGUGAUCGUCUACCCGUCCUGUCCGCACCGACCACGCCGCUACUACUAGCGAUAAUGAAAAUGGAUAACUUCGUGUUUCGAGUCAUCUAUGAAGUAUUAUAUUAUGCAUUAAAUAACUCGAAAUACUCGUAUGCCUUCCUGAAACCUACGCAGACUAGGGACAUUUUUCGCGUAUGUAUAUUAUACCUGAAACAUUGUGAGUUGUGUGAUGCAAUUCUAUGAUGUGUUUUAUUUUGAUGAACAAAAAGUAGUCGAGGAUUGUCCCUCGUCUGCAGAAGCCUUUAUGUUUAGGAAUAUCUCCUAUACUGCUUUUUAGUUAAAUACUUAGGUGUUAAUUUCUGUUUAAUGUACUUAUUUCAUAAUAUGCACCGUUUCAUAUUAUAAAAAAAGGCAAGUAAACGCAAUAAUAGUAUAAAUAUAAUUCCGUAGCGAUGUUUAAUAGAUUGAAAGUAUGUAUAUCUCUUUAAGUUAUUGAUGUGAUAUCCAUAAUAGUCUAAAGUUCGCUGUCUGGUUUUCAUUCUAAUAAAAUAUUCGUUCUGUGUUCCUGUUUGUUAAGGUUAUCAUGCUAUAUUUAACAAACAGAUCACAGUUAUGCACUUUGGCUAUGGAUUCCUAAAAAUCUAUACACAAUUCCAAUGCAACAUAUACAUUCAGAACGCAUAUUAAAAGUAUAUAUAUAAAACCUGAGUAUUAAUGUUAUGAACUCAUUACAGGGUUCGUGUAUUUGUCUUUAUUUCUAUAAACGUGUCUAGUAAAAUUAGUAUAAAAAUACAAACACAGCACAUACAAUUAUGAAAAGAUACUUGUUUGAACAAAGUAAUUAUCAUGACAAUUUGUUGGCAAUACUUUUAGUAUUCAAACUGCAUAUUUAGUGCAAAUCGAUUUUUAUAUUAAUUAUGAAUAGUACACGCUUUUUGUUGUCUAUAUUGGCAAAAUAUAUUUAUUGCGGCGUGGUGAAUAAUCUGUUAAUUUUUUUUUUUAUAAAUUAAGACUGGCGUGCAAAGGCUUUGUGUCUUUAAUAUAACAAUUUACAUGUGUCACGUUAUUUAGAUGUAAUAUUGCAUUCCAAAAUUGUUCACUUUUUCCCAAUGUCACUAACGUCGUUAUAAAGGAUGAAAUAGGAACUUGAAGUCUUUAUACUAUAUCAAUAUGGAAUUCUACAUAAAUGAAAAAGAAUUAUUAACACUUAUAACAGAUAUUUAAAUCAUGUUGUGUAGCAUUAUUGUGUAUUACCUACUACACAAUAAUAUGCUAAAGCCUGUUAGGUCCGUAUAAUAUAAAUAUGAUAUUUUUAUAAGAUGCUUAGCUUUCUUUUACUUAUAAAAAUAUUUUCACUAUUUACAUUACCUUUAAAAGUGGUAAAUAAAAUUUAAAUAUUAAAAA